UCAAUCCCGUCACCCGGACCAAAGGCGACAAUAACAUCAACAGGGUUUCACCCACUUUGACUAAACCAGAGGCGGAACACCUGCUGAUGGAGGCCAACAAGAAAGCUCAGGCUGACUUUUUGCUGUCGGGGGCCCUGGGGGAUCCGAACUUUGGAUCCGGAGAUCAGGUCAACAAGAGGGUCCGGAAGUUGUUGAGUCCUUCCGUUCUGGGACAGCAAGCCGCGCAUGUGAGGAAGUCGCAUACUUUGCAACCCGUGGAUGCGACUUCUGGGGGGAGAUAUGUGAUGCCGGAAGCAGCAGGGACGGAAAUCCAAGUGAUGGACGACGACGAGCUCUACGUGUCCCUGGUGUUCGGGCUCAAUUCCUACUUCGGGGCCCGAGUGGAGGCCGAGGGGUUCUUCCUGAACAACGCCAUGGCCAACUUCUUCCCGGCCGGAAGUGACACGGGUUCCGACUCGGACGCCGUGAAAAAUGCCAACGUCAUGGAACCCAAUAAGCGGCCGCUGUCACUCGGGGCACCCGUCGUCGUGGUUUCGUCGUCACACAUGUGCAAAACCCGGCUGGUUGCUGGCUCACCCAAGUUCGACAUUUUGGCACAAGUAAUUGCUCGUUAUUUGGCUCUGGGCAGUCCUUUGGCUGACAGUAUCCACGCUCCAAGACUCCACCUGGGGGCUGAAUUCGGAACCAGAGAUUAUUUAAUGGAGGCCCUGGAUGGGACCAACCAAGCUGGCCAACUUCCGUCCACCACUGUGGAUGCCCUGGAGGCAAAAGGGAUCUCAUUUUCAGUCCUAAGAGGGCCAUAUGUGUCUUGCGAUGCAUUAGUCAAGUACCAAGAUUCCGUUGACGGUCAGGCAGACCCAAGAACCAAUGCUUUAGUCACGUUCUAUUAAUCAAUUUUCGAAAUAUUUCCCCAAUAUGUUUCCUCCAAUUUCCUAAUUUGUGUUUUUAAAACUCUAUUACAAAAUAAAUUUAUGAAUUAACGAGUUUUGAUUAAACAUAUAUGAGGAUUUCAAA